AUCGUCGGCAGUCAGCAAUCAGAAGUGAGGUGGUGAGGUGGUCAGAGUGUAGUGUGAAUCGGGUCCUAGGCGACCACAUUGCAAUUCGUUUCCGUUGUUAACGUGUGUUGAUUAGUGUGCGUGUCCUCAGUACUGUUUCUACCGGACAAUUGUGAUUUGGAGUCGAAAAAAGGGACAAGAAACAGGAAGUGACGCCAGGGAAGCAAUUAAUUAUCAGCAGCCAGCAAUGUGGAGACUUGUUCUCCUGGCUGCAUCGGUAGUGGCAGUGGACGAGCGAUGGAGCAGGCAGGCGACGGACCGACGCAUCAACGACUGGAUUCCAGUCAACUCGCCCACACCCUCAUCGCAUCAGCAUCAGCACCAGCACCAGCAUCAGCAUCAGCCGAGAGCCGUCAGCUCUGACCAGCAGCCAUCAGCCGCCUCCGUCAGCUUACCCAGUGUGCUGACGCCUCCCGCCGCCCAGCCCACAAACCAACACCCCCGUCUUCUGCCGCCUCCACCCCAACCCGACGGCUUCUUCCAGCAAGCCGCCUCCAACGGGUUCCUCAACAGCUUCCCGCCUCUCUUCAACGAGAAGCCGCGACAGUUCCUCCCGCCCCCGUCCCAAAACCCCCGGCCCCAGUCGUCACGGUUCCAACAGAACCUGCAACAACAACAGCAACAGACAUCCCAACUCGCUGACACAGCUGGAAUCCCUCCACACCUCUUCCAAGUCGGGCCUCACCAGUUCUCUAACAACGAUCAAACUCCUCAUCAAUCACUCGUCAGUGCACCACAGUUUCUAGGACCACAAUUCCUCCAAGCAGCACAACCCCAACAACCUUUUGUCACACUGACUGGACCACAAGUCCUCCAACAAACCAUCCCCAACUUCCAGGAGUUCCAACUACAAAACAACCAACCCAUCUACCUUCAACAACCAGCUGCUUUUGGUCAGCCACCACCACCUCCCCCACCAUCAUCACAACUUGUGAAUCGGCCUGCUUCUCAACAGUCCCCCAAUGCCACCAAGAGCUUCAAAUUCCCUGACAACCCCAAUGAGGAUAAAGAAGUGCAACUGCUGUAUGUUCCAGUUGAAACUCUACGUCAGAGAGGCAGAACUCUACCUUCAGGAAGGUUCCAGAAUGUGAGGGGUAACUCAUUCAAUGGAAAUCAAAACUCAUUUGAACAAGCUCAUGCAAACUCCCAACACCAAUUGACAAAAACUCAAUUUAGAGGUCAGAAGCCACAAGAAAUUGGAGCACAGAUAUUUUCUGGGUCGAAUGGGCAGCUUUUGCAAAAUUUUCAAGAACCUCAACCACCCAAAAACUUUUUCCAGGAAACAUCUGGACCUCAAUUCCCAUCUCAAACGCCCAAACAGUUCUUCCAGGAAACGUCUGCUCCAAAUUUGCAAACCACACCAAAACAAUUCUACCAAGAAACUCCAGCCCCACAAGUGAAGAGUCAACCAAGUAGUCUGUCACAACAGUACAUUCCUGAGCACACAACAGCUUACUCUGGUUUAGAUUUACAGAGUCCCAGUUCAGGAGGAAUAUCGGUUACACCUGGAUCACUGGAUGUAUCAUCCACUGUAGCUAAGUCAAAUUUUGAGAGCUUACAAAACGAUGGGCCAUCACAAACUAGUGAGAGAUAUAACAGUUUUAACCAAUUCAAACAGGAGUUGAGUCAAGAAAGUAGGCCACAAAAGCAAGAGCCAGUUGAAAAUUAUCAGACACAAAAUUUCAACAAUGAAAACAUCUUCAGUCAACAGUACGGAUUCGAUGAUGAGAGACGAUUGACAACCCUACCCCCACCACACCAGCCUCCUCUCUCGGUCUACAUGGAGACCAAUGCACAUUCAAAAAUAGGUGAUGUUCUUACUUUAUUGAAAAGUUCAAAAACAAUCCCAGUAUUGGAUACAGUGGGACCUGAUUCACCCCAAGUUUUUGUAGGCCCAUCGAAUUUGAGCCCACCUUCAGGAUAUCUCAAAUUUGAACUACCAUAUUUGUCAUCUUUGGACAAUAACAGAGUAGAGAGGAAAGUCGACAGGCUGCCGUUCUUUGUUGCACCACUGAAUUUCCAACCACCACCUGGCUACUCAAAAAUUCCAUUCCCUGCUCCACAUAUAGGAUCAGUAGUUGUUUCUAAUUUGACUGUUCUGAGAACUGCUCUUCAUGACAAACCAUUUGCAUUUGAUUCUCCCAUUGAACAGAACACGCCUUCCAGUGCUGAUCAGCCAUACACACUUCCAGAUGAUAUCUCCCCCAUCAGCCCUCAGCUCCCAUCUUUGAUUAACUCACUACAAGAUGACAACAAAUACUACCAGAGUACAACUACAGAGCUGCCAGUCACCACAACUCCAGCUUUCCCUAGGAGAAACACUCAACGGGGACCUCACCGUGGUUAUUCGUCAACAACCACAACCGAAGAACCUCCCACAAGGCGACCAGUCAACAGGCAGCGCAGACCUUACAAUACUAACAGACAUUCAAAUAGGGUCACCCAACCAGUUUCCAGCACAACACCAGAGCCAAUCAUAACUACAUUGCCUCCACAAAACGAGCAUCCUCAAAAUGAUGAGCAGAGGUUUUACUCAGAUUUCACAACAGAGAACAUUCAACAGAAUUUCAAUCAAAACUUCAGACAACCAGUCUAUGAAACACCACAGAGAGUUCCAUUCUCAUCACAAAACCAAGGUGCCCCACAACUGACUCCAUCUAACAACCAGCAAAACCAAUUCACGAAUCAGUUUGCUUUCAACAGUGAUAGCAAUAAUAACAACCAACAAUUCUAUCAAAAUGAGCCAGUACAACCGGAAUUCAAACAACAAUUCUCAAGCCAAGAGCAGCAGUACAUUCAAAGCUCUGAAGAGAACAUUAAAGUUCCUGCUGAAAUCAGCAACCCAUUCUACAACACCCCAAAAAGUUUCACCCCAGAGCAAACAACUGAAGAGGCUUUAUCAGAGCUCACUCAGCAGAUUACAACAGAAAGUCAAAGAAUUUCGAGUUCAACUAGAGAUAACGGACAAAGAAGGGAUCCUCUGAGACAAAGAUUCAGGGGUAGAAAUCCUCACCAUUCAACCACUGAACAAACAGCAAGUGAGCCACAAGAGUAUCAACCCAAAGUGAAAACUAAUUCAAAGGUGCAGGAGCAACAAUAUCUACAACAAACUGUUCAAUACAAUCAGAAUAACAACAAUUAUAACGGACAGCUCUCCAACUAUCCAAGCAACACUGAGAGGUCAGAUGAACAAUCCGUUACUGAAUCGGAUCAAGCAUUCAAGAUAACUUAUCCCGACACUGACAGCAGAGCAAUUCCAAAUCCAAUCAAUAAAGACAUUGGACAAAGUGGGCAAUUCUACAAUCAAUUCCAAGAGCAACAGCAAACACCUCAACAACAUCAGCAGUUCAAUGCAAAUGUUGGCCAACAGCAAUUUGAGAGCAGUACAUUUGCUCAGGAGAACCCAGUAAAUAUUCAACAAAAUGUCAACUCUCAACAGCAGGUAAACGAACAGUCGUUUUCAAACUCACAACUCCCCACUUCAACAUUCCAGAACUCACAGCAAGCAUUCGAUGAUUCAUCUAUGAGGUAUGAUAGUGGAGAAAUGACUGACAAACCAAUCAAUCAACAGAGACUCACAAAGUAUACAAGAACGAGGGGUAGAGGAGGUCAGGGUUCAAGAGAACAGAUAGAUAAUAAUACUCCAACUCAAUACAACAGUAGAAACCGAGAGCACACAUAUGCAUCCCAGCAGAAUAAAGAGCAUGAUCAACCGUCGUUAGACAAUAGUUACACAUCAACAACUGAGUCAGAAGCAGAGAAGGAGACACCAAAGCCUGUCACAGUUCGAGUGAGGGGCAGAGUGAGAGGAAGAACGAGGUCAAAUGUGAGACAAUCAACAACAACUGAAAGACCCAACUACCCAGAGGGUGUACUCAAUGAGGAAGAGCAAAUAAGGAAGCCUUACAGGAAUAGUGCAGAGAGAGGCAGCAGUAAUAGACAUACCUACAGGUCUAGGACUUCAACAACUUCAGAAAGCUCUAAUGAUGGUGAGUCCAGUACUCAUGCCAGUGAUAGAACCACCACUGAGAGUGGAGCUGUUGCUCCAGUCAGCAGGACAUACAACCAUAUCUUGAACAGAAACAAAGUGAGACGACCUAUUGGAACCACAGCAAGUGAGAGACACGUCACAGUGCAAAGCACAACACCUUCCUAUCAACAAGAUGACUCUAAUACAAAGUAUUUGUUGAGGACAACUAGAAAGCCACAGACAACAAAGUUGACAACUGGAAGAGGUCGCAUAAGACGACCGUCAAAGACUGCUAUAACUACAACAGAGUUGACUCCCGUUGAAUCAGAAAGAGACAGCUUUGCACCAUCAGCAGCGUCCAAUGAAGUUCUUGAUCCCUACUACUCAAAUCAGAACACUAACUACAAUACAAAUACUAACAACAAUAAUUUUGAGUCACAUAACGAGAAAUAUCUAGUCAAACAACAGCAACAGAAUAGACCAGUCGCAUCUUAUACUGAAACCCCAGUGAGACACCGUCAAACGUCACCGGCGACAAACUCCGAUGAAGACUACUGGAACCAAGCAGUCACAAUUCAGCAAAGCAACAGCUACGACUUCAGUGCAGAGUCCUCACCCGUCACACAAUCCACACUCAGUGGGCAAUAUUUCAGUGAUGAGUACUACGACCACAAGCAGACUCCAACCUACAACCAAGGCCCAGUCUACAACCCCUCACACGAUCAGACACCUUUCUCAUCCAACGAGCAGCUGGUGGCUUUUGGAAAAUCUAAGUCAAAAGCCACUUACGAAUCUGCUGGCAAAGUGAACCAGUGGAACGAGAAGGAAGAGCCGAAAGAAGAGCAGUACGACAUCGAUGGAAAGCUGAUAACUGACACCAACCAAGGCCAAGGAAGCCUGUAUGGCAAUCACCACCAGUCUCAAUCUGAAGAGAAAAUACCGAACGAUAAUAUGCACGACGAGACGAAAGCUAUGAAGCAUGAAACAGUGAGUAAAGAGAUGCAAAUUACAGAUGAUGAACAGAUCGCUCAUGGAGGAAUUUCUGAUGAGAAGACAACGAAAGAAAGCACCAGCAACCCAACAAAACUUAUCGAUCCAGUCACUGGUAAAAAGCCUGGAGGAAGAAGGAGAGGAGCGUGGGUUAGAGUGCGAGUCAACAAGAAACCCCAUGACGUGUUCGAGACAGCUGAAUCUCAGAACCUAGGCAGUAUCACCAACAACGCUAUCAAAUCAGCGGGAGUGAAAGAUACAACCACUAACGACAAAGAUAAAGUAGAGGAGUACACCAUUCCCGCCAACCACCGCCCCACGGAUCCUUACUCAUCUGAUGGAUCCGAGAUGGAUGUGGCUGAGCCCAGCACCACAACCACUACAACCACUGAGGCGCCAGCUGUUGACUACGAGAAGACACUCACUGACAUGAUCAGAGACAUGUUGAAGGAGCAACAGGAAGAAGAUGAAGAUGAAACUCCGGCACAGGAACUAGCGGUCAAAGAAAAUGAAAGCAAAGAAGAAACUGAAGUUCACAACAAAGAAAAUAUCACAGUGACAACUUCUUCAAGCAUCGUUGAAGAAAUCACUGCCUCCAACGAAGAAAUAGCAGUUACCACAGAUCACGACGUCGACCUGGCACCGGUAACAGUUCUCCCUGAAAUCACCACAGUGAAGAGUGUUGCCGAAGUAAUAACUGAGAGCUUAGAAUCCUCAACCGAUAUUGUAACGUCUUUGCCACGAGUACUGGGCACAUCUACCACAACAGAAAUAUCAAUGGAAACUGAAAUCUGCUACAGGGGAAGGUGUGUGAAGAAACUCAGUGAAACAAUGUGCAAACUUCUCUUGAUCUAAAGAGUGUAUAUGACAAAAAGGCUGACUCUUACAAUAUAUCUUUGACCUCUAUUGAACAAUAUUGUAUGUCUCUUAUUUGGAGAUCAUGUUGAUUGAAAAAAAGAAUUAAUGAGGUUCGUCGAGUUUAAUUAUAGUAUUAAUUGACAGAUAAUCAAGUACGGUAACUUGCAAGAAAGUGUAGUAGUAAUUUACUAUUCAGUAUUUUUGAAUUAAAUUAAGUUGUUCUUGGGUCCCACCACACUAGGUGAAUCCUACAUGCUUUAAAAAUAGAACAAACUAGAUUUUUCAAUGUUUAUAGAGUUAUGAGCAUUUUGAUGCUCUUAUUUUUUAUGCAUAUGAAUGAAACAGACGCAAAAGUUGAAAUGAGCUUUGGGUAGGAAUGAUUUAUAAGAAUUUGAUAAUAAGAACCCCUUUUCGUGAAAUGUGUUUAUAAUUAUCAAUAAUACUUAUUUCACAGUGGAAUUACAGCAUCUCUUGAAUACUUUAAUGAUAAUUUUUGCGUUACAGUAUUCGAUUUAUUGCUAAUAGAUAGCACCUUGUUCCUCACUUCAAGUAUCAAUUGAUGAUUUAUUUCAAGCUUUCUGUAUGUGCAAUAGCAUGUUUCUGUAACGAAAAUGAAAGUGUAUUCCUGAAAGCAAUAACGGGCUAUCCUAAAAUUCUAAAAUAUUACAAGAAUAAUUAGAUUUUAAUGUAAAUACGUGGAUGAGAGUUGUAUGGUUGUAUAAGAGAAGUUAUUGUGCUAAUUCGAUAGGAGCAUUAGAUUUGAAUAAGUGAUUCCAACAAUAAACUGGAUUUAAGGAAUGUGAAACACAGUUUUUGAAAAAGGCAUAUAUUAUUCAUAUAGUCAUGCAUUUAUGGAUCUGGUUGAGAGCCACUGUCAUUUUCUUGUAGAGAUUUGAUACCGAAUCAGAAUCGAAUGUAGAAAUGAGUAGCCUAAUCAAUUGAAAACUGCCUUAAAUACAUAUUCAUACCAUUAAUUAUAUGGCAUAUGGAUCGUAAUGUGGUUGAAAAUUGACACGUCUAAGAAAUGCAUGACAAUAUGAAAUUGUGUGAUGAUGCUCAAUAGGAUAGACAAUUAUUUAUAAAAAAUAUGAGUGUUGCGAUUUAAUUUAUAAUAUGUGAAUGUAUAUUUUUAACAAAAUUUUGAAACUUGAAUAAUAAAAACAAAAUAUAAAUUUGUG